CGAUUUGUUGCCGCAAUUCAUAAUGAUUUACACGGCAAUCGAUACAUUCUACCUGACCGAUGAGCAGUUAAAGAACUCACCAUCAAGGAAAGAUGGCGUAGAUGAAGCUACGGAAACAACACUUCGAAUUUAUGGCUGUGAUCUCAUUCAGGAAAGCGGCAUUCUGCUCAGAUUACCUCAAGCAGGAAUGGCUACGGGCCAGGUUCUGUUCCAUCGUUUCUACUGCAAGAAGUCGUUUGCGUGCUUUAAUGUGAAGAGGGUUGCUGCUAGUUGCGUUUGGCUUGCUUCAAAGCUGGAGGAAAGCCCUAGGAAAGCAAAGCAUGUGCUUAUGGUAUUCCAUAGGAUGGAAUGUCGGAGGGAAAAUUUACCCUUGGAGCAUUUGGACAUUUCUAAGAAAUAUUCAGAGUUGAAGACGGACUUGACCAGAACAGAAAGACACUUAUUGAAAGAGAUGGGUUUCAUCUGUCAUGUUGAACAUCCUCAUAAAUUCAUUUCAAAUUACCUUGCCACACUCGAAACACCUCCAGAGCUGAGGCAGGAGGCUUGGAAUCUUGCAAAUGAUAGCUUGCGUACAACCUUGUGCGUUAGAUUCAAGAGUGAAGUCGUGGCUUGUGGUGUUGUAUAUGCUGCUGCUCGAAGGUUCCAGGUACCACUUCCUGAGAACCCUCCAUGGUGGAAGGCUUUUGAUGCAGAGAAAUCUGGGAUUGAUGAAGUCUGUAGGGUUCUGGCACACCUGUAUAGCCUUCCCAAAGCACAAUAUAUACCAGUGUGUAAAGAAGGGGAUUCAUUCACAACAUCAAAACAGGCAUUGGACUUACAAGCCCAGCAAAUCUCGAAGGUAGGUAUGAUGAAUGGAACUGAAGCUAAUAAUGAUACAUCUACUCUCAAGGUGGCGUCUGCAGUUUCCAAUCCAGACUCUGGUGGUUCAAAGGGUGCAAUUGUAAAAGCAGCCCUUAACAAACUGAAGGAGUCCAAGAAAAGUGAUGACACCAAGAGUGUCCCAAUUGAUGAAGAGAUGAGAGAACCUCCAUUGAAGUCCAAGGCUGAACACAGACAGGAGUCAAGUGGAGAAAGGAGCAGGGAGAGGGAGAGGGAGAAGGAGAGAUCAAAGGCUCGGGAACGUGAUAGGGGAAGGGAUGGAAGGGAUUCUGACAGGGAAAAGGAUCGAGAGAAGGAGAUGGAAAGGGAACGAGAGAAAGUCAAGGAUAGAACUCAUCGUUCGAAGGACAAGGGAAAAGAUUCAGGUGGGCAUUCAGAGAAAUCAAGGCAUCACCCAUCACGAGAUCGUAGCGACUACCAUAGCUCCUCUUAUUCAUCCUGCGACAAGGAUCGACAUAGACAUCACUCAUACACAUGAACCAGAAGUAUUCUUUGCCUCUUGACUGUUGGGGCUUGCAGCUGGAUUAUUCCUAGUGUGUACUUUGUCAAGGCAUCAAAUCCAUCUAGAAAGAAAAUGGACUGUGAAAAGAGUGAGAACAUCUAUGCUAGAUUUUUUUGUAGUUCUGAAGCUCAGUAAUGCUGGG